UUAGCAGUAUCCCUCAUAUGUUUUGUAAACUUUAUCGCUGCAGUAAUUAUCCGCAAUGCGUUAUUGUUCUUGUUUCACUCCUUACUUAUAUCAUCUCUGUAUCGUGAAGACUCUAGCUACACCCUUCCACACACUGUUGAUUUGUUUUUUGUGCUUUAUAGCGAAAUGCAGGGAAGCCAGAAAGUUUCGGAAGCAAUUCUGUCAAGAAAACCAUCGAAUGCUUCUCUAUGCCAUAAUUUCAUUAAUCACUCGAUAAUAGUGUCCAAAAAAGGCUCUCAAACUAUUUAUUAUUGUGCUUUACGGAUGCGAUCGAGUAGAAGAUCGCCGUUGCAACCGCAAUUGGCUUCGCUAUCAUGGGUUUCAUCGGAUUCUUCGUCAAGCUCAUCCAUAUCCCAAUCAAUAACAUCAUUGUCGGAGCGUAGAUGCCGCUGCUAUACCUGA